UUGUUGUCUUCCACUCUACGAAUCUCACUCAGUACUCACUCUGCAGCAAAAGCAGCAGAAGCCGAGCUUCAAUGGGGUCCGUUUCUCUGAAAAUCGGAGAUGGAACCGCCAGAUUCAAGAGGGCCACUCUCUGUUCUUCAGUGCUCAACAUUCUCAUGCUCAUUUCCGUAAUCACCACCAAUCUCUUUGCAAUUUACGCCUUCACUUACUCUCCCAGAGAUCGCCAAAAUCUCUCGCUUCAUCCCGCCCACAAGAACAUUUCCCUCAUCUCGGAGCAGGUUUCUUUGAUUCUCAGAGAGAUCGAUGUAUCGCAGAAGAAGCUUGCUCAGAUGGAGAAGGAGAUUCUUGGCUAUGAGACCAUCGACCUCUCCAGAUCCAACGUCGCUAACGAGCUCAAACUCUUUCUUCACCGCCACCCGCUCCCUCUCGGCAAGGAUUCCAAGAGUGGGAUCACUGAAAUGGUGGCAUCUGUGGGGCAUUCGUGUGAGAAAUCGAUGGACCUUUUGUCGCAGUAUAUGAAUUACAAGGUCUCUGGACCUUGCCCUGACGAUUGGAGCCUCGCUCAGAAGCUGAUUUUGCGCGGCUGCGAGCCCUUGCCGCGGCGGAGGUGCUUGGCCAAAUCUGUGCCCAAGGUAGGUCUGCAACCUUUUCCUGCUUCUCUAUGGAAACCUGUUAGCGAUAAGCUUGUUAUGUGGAGUGGCCUUGGGUGUAAAAAUUUCCAGUUUCUGAAUAAUAAGAAAUUGGGCAGGGAUUGUGUUGGCUGCUUUGAUUUGGUUAGUGGAUUUGAGAAUCAGAGAUUUGUUAAGGCCAGAGGUAAAAAUGACUUUCCCAUUGAUGAUGUUUUAGCCUUAACUAGUGGAGGAAUCAGGAUAGGUUUUGAUAUUGGAGGAGGGUCUGGGACUUUUGCUGCUAGAAUGGCUGAGAAAAAUGUCACAGUCAUCACAUCUACUCUGAACAUUGAUGCCCCAUUCAGUGAAUUCAUUGCUGCAAGAGGCUUGUUUCCUCUGUUUUUGAGUUUAGAUCAUAGAUUCCCUUUCUAUGACAAUGUGUUCGAUUUGGUUCACGCUUCGACUCGACUGGAUAUUGGUGGGAAGCCUGAAAAGUUGGAGUUCCUGAUGUUCGAUAUCGACAGGAUCUUAAGGGCAGGUGGUUUGCUUUGGUUGGAUAACUUCUAUUGUGCUAAUGAUGAGAAGAAAAAAUUUUUAACACGUUUGAUCGAGCGGUUCGGGUUCAAAAAACUGAAGUGGGUUGUCGGGGAGAAAUCUGAGGCGGGAAAAUCCGAGGUUUAUCUGUCUGCUGUUUUACAGAAGCCAGUAAGAGUAUGACGAUGAUUACUAGCUUCAGCAGUUACGCAAAAGAGGACAAGGAAACAAAGAAAGUGGUGCUGCGCGGAGUUCUUAAGGAUGGGCUGUACCAAAUGAAGUUGGCUCUUCAAAUCAGCCAAGAAUGUCACCUGUUACAGCAGAAACAAAUCUCCUGUUCAGUUCAGUCAUUCAACAGCAAGUUGUCUUUGAAUUCUAGAAAUAGGCCUAAAUCUUCCUUUGUUGUUAAUUGUGUUUUUUCUCCUUGUAAAGUGUCGUUGGAUGUUUGGCAUCGUAGGUUAGGGCACUCAUCUAACAAAAUCCUUACUUCAAUUUUAAAAAGUUGUAAUGUGAAUGCUGCUGAUAAUGAAAAAACUAGCUUUUGUGAUUCAUGUCAA